AGAAAAAGGCCUAAGAAGAGACCGAAGCGAUAUCAAAAUUAUAUAUGUCCAGAGUACAUUCCAAAGACUUUGUCAUUUUGUGAUUUUCUCCGUAACUAUCAGCCAAGUAAAAAAAAAAAUCGACUAGUUCUCUUGGCAUGAACAAUUACAUUGUUUCAGCCAAUUAAAAAUGAAAAAGAAUCUUCUUUUGGCGCGCCCAUUCGGUCAGCGCUCCGCAGCAUUGUAUCGGGUUUAGUGAGCGCGCCUUUCUGAUAUUUAUAUAAAGCACUUGGUAUUGAACUUAUUAUCUCGCAAUAAACAACAUCUCUUUUCCAAAAAAAAAAAACAUGUCUAUGAUUAAAGUGGUCGUUAUUACCAAUACGCAUGAACCGGUAGAAUUUAAAUUUCUUCUUGAGAAAUUAAAUUGGGAUUCUCUUGUCCAAUUCAUUCAAUGCUCUACUUCUUCUAUUGAUCCUCCUCUUGUUCUUUAUUACAAGUGGAAGUCAGAUACUGAAUCCUUGGAGAAUCAGCAGCAGCUGGCUCAACUGUUGCAAGAUUUGGGACCUGUUUCUUUAUUACGUUUCUAUACGAGCCCUGGUGAGGUUUUAUUACCUGUUUCUACACCUCCUGUGUCUGCUACUUUUGCCCGUUUAGGUGAACUAGUUGAGGUUCAUAAAAAUACAAUUGAGUCUAGUCGAAGCCUCGUACGUUGGAUUGGUAUCUUUGCUUCUGCCAUUGCUUUUCAUGGCCAAGAUAAGGAGUUUGAGGAUGAGUUUCGUGUACUCGAGACAUUGAUCCAAACAAAAUCUCAAAAGCAAUCAGGUACUGUUCAUGAUGCUGAAGAAGAUAUGGUUGUUGUCUCUGAUACAGAAGAAGUGACCGAUCCAGAAGAUAAACUGCUUGAGUUGCUGAUGUCGCUUGAUUUAUCGGGUAGCCGUUGCCGUGGACGUAAAUUUGGCCGUGGUCGUCAUUCGAAGCGUGGGGGUUCUCCUCCUUUUCAUUCUUUUGGUCCAGGAAGACACGAAGAUCAUUCUCCUCCCCAUGGCCCCCAUCAUGGUGGUCCUCCUUCCCAUGGUCCUCCCCAUGGUCCUCCCCAUGGUGCCUAUCCUCCUGGUCCUCCUCAUGAUGCUUAUCCCCAUCAUGAUGGCGGUCAUCCUCCUUCCUUUGGUGGUCCUCGCUCUCAUGGUUUUCCUCCAAUGUUUGGUAGAUUUGGUUGGUGUGAUCGCUUUGAUGCUCCAUCUGAAGGCGCAGAUAGGUUUGAAGGUCGUGGAUUCCCAUUUUUUGAUGCUGAUCAAGAAGGUAGAAGUCAUCAUCGACGAGGCCCUCGUUUUGAUUCAAUGAGUGAAGGAAAAAAGUAUGGCAAGCAUCACCGUCAUCAUCAUCACCCUUACUCUUCUUCAGAAGAAGGCACUAGUGAAGAAAAUCCUGAAGAAACUGUUGUUUGCUUAUCCAAAAAAGACUUGAAGCACCUUGGUCGUCGUCACCGCCAUCAUGAUCGUCGUCCCCAUUAAUGAAAUAUACUUUCGUAUUAUUGUUAGUAUUAUUAUUAUUAUUACUAUUAUCUGAAUAAACCCAUAAAAUAUAUAAACAA